UUCGCAAAUUUUCUUCCUGCUAAAACUGAAUUUAUUAAUUUGUCUGCAGUGUUGAUAAUUAAUGGAAAUAUAAUAGUGCAAUUCGUAGAGAUUCCAGAAAUUUUUCUAAUGGUCCUCUAAAGAGAGAAUAGAGACCCGUUUUUCAGACAAAGUAUUGCAGGUGGAAAAUGUCUAAUUUUAAUUACAUGGACAAAGUUCCUGUUAAAAUAGCAGAAAGUUUUAAGCCACCACCGAGAUUAUAUCAACUGCCGCAAGCCGUAGUGCAUAAAUUGCAAUUGUCAGUAGACCAUUACAAUGAAGCGCCACAAUAUUGCUAUGAUUUCCAGUUGGAACGAAAGGUGCUCGCUAAAAUACCAGAAUGGCGCCGUAUGCGACAACUGGAGCGCGAGGCACGUCGAGAACGUAAGGAGCGACGAGAGCAAGAGCGUUUGCAUGAAGUUGAAGAAAAAAAUAAACAAAUGCUCGGAGCCGUAAGCUAUCCCAGCGCAGAUGAUCUAUACAGUUCGGAUAGCGAUUCAGAUGGUCAUAAGAAGAAUGUGUUAAAUUCAGCAAAAGCAUCUGAUGGAGAGCCAAGAUUGGUUUUAACGACGCAAGUCAAUAGCUUUGACAACAUACUGCAGCCAACAAUUAUAUCUAGAAGUAAUGAAAAAUACAGAAUAUUAAAUGGCACAACAGUUACGGAUGUGCAGCCACAUACUAAAAACGGAAAAUAUUCGGGCGGUGCCAAAGAAGUUAAUGCUUUUAACUAUAAAGAUUUUGAAGAGGACACCUCAUCACCUUUCGAUAAUGUUGAACUAAAAACCAUUAAUGAUCUAGAUAUUUUAGCACAAGUGCUGCACAAUACGCAGUUGCAUAUGCAAAAAACCCAGAUUAAAGAUGAUGCGCUGAGCAGUUCGUAUAAAGAACAAAAUGAGGAAAAUAAAGUAGAUAAUAUUAUAGCCAAGCUAGAAUCCAAAGAUAAUACUCAAAGUGUUAGUGUUAUAAAUGAAAAUAUUAAUGUAGAUUAUUCAAAAGACAAAAUGCCAGAGGUAGUGAGUUUAGAAAUUUUACAAAAUACUAAAGCAGCACUGCAAAGAGUUGACUUUGGAAAUUUAGGCCACCAAUCUUGGCUCAACGAAAAUAAUCCGAAUACAAACAUAACCAAUAACAGUAUGACUAGCGCUGCAAGCUUCAUUGGCGACAUGCCGACUUGUACAUCAUAUGAUUCAUUUCCAAAUCCAUCAAAUUCUUAUGGUGCAUUGUACAAUGAUAUGUCAGAAUCACAUCUAUCGAAACCUUAUACGAAUUUCAAUGUUCAUCCAAGACAAGUCACGUCUCCAUCAUAUGGUGGUAAUCACAAUUAUUUAUAUGCACCCCCUUACAAUGGCAUUGAUUCGACACAUGGUAGUCCCAGACAUUUACCGCACACUUCUGUCGCAACUUCUACAUACGUGGGUAACAAUGCAAAUGACUACGGAAUGCCGACAUUGGCCAGCAACGGUAUAAACUCGCAACAGCCACAACAAUUUUUAGCCAUUAAUGAUUGUAACGAAUUUAAUUCAAAGUCGAAAAGCGUGCCAGAUAUAUUGAAAGAAUUAAGCGAUGAGGUACGAAAUUCGGAAAUCCGCAGAUCACGUUACUACAGCUUCAAUUCUGAAGAAGGCAAACAAGAACAAGAUAAGCCCGAUACGGAUGAAGAUAUUACGCCUAAGCAGUCACCAGUGAAAAUAUCCAAACCUUUACGCGAGGAAAAUUGUUAUGCAAAAUUGUCCCCACCUGCGCAGCGAUUAGCUACAAAUAUCAGUUCAAUGGGCUUCCCACUGGAGCGUGUUGCGAAAAUUUCACAAAUUUUCGGCACAGAUGAUAAGAAGAUUGUGGAACAUUUAAUACCACUGAGUGAAUUGAUGGAUUUGGGCUUCGAUGAAGUGAAAAUCUCAGAGGCGCUAAUAAAAUUUGAUAACAAUAAGGAAAAGGCUUUGGAAUAUUUAAUUUCAUAAUCGCCUGUCGCCAACUGCUUCGUAAAUAUGUUAAUACCGUCACAUACAUAGUGUAUGUAUGUAUAUAUUACUGAUGUGUAAAACCAUUAUCAUAUAGUAAAUAUGUAUAUAAUUUUUGCAAAUAAUAAUGUACCACAAGUGAAAUUCAAAUCAUGUUGGAAAAAAUUGUACACACAUACACAUGUAAACCGCAAUGCAACUGAUGCAGUUGAAAAAAAAAACGCCGAAAUCAUCUAGUUCGUUAAUUGUAAUAUCAAAAACCAUUUCAUUAAAAAAUUCCACGAAGUUGUUUAAUAACAAAAAAAAAGCUUUGUAUUUUUACAAAAGGCAUUAAACACGCAGAAAACAAAAGAUUAAUUUAUUAAAACAAAGGUGAAAAAUCGCAAUGUAAUUGAGUAUUCCUAAAAGUACGUAAAAAUAAAGAAACAGAAAAUAUACAAAUACAUACA